CAUUUUGUGAGUAGGUACGAUAGCGUAGAUUUGAUCAUUACUUUGGGACUGUAUGAUUCUAACCGUGGCAAUGUAUCAGUACAACUAAAGAAGAAGAAGAACGCCAUCUGUCAACUUAUGGCUCCCUCAUGAAAACAAACCUGCAAGGGAAACAGAAGCCCUUAUGUAUCAGCAAGAAUAACAGGGUUCUCGCCAAUUAAAAGUCUGCUAUCGACCUCUGCAGCGCAAAAUAUUUAAGGCAAAAUGAAUUGUCAGGAUGCUGACAGUUUAUGUGCGUUACUAGUAAAUAUAACUACAGCAACAAGCAAUUUUAUAGGUACUCAGCUGGAUUUACUCUACCUAGGAUGGGUGUGGUCGUUAGUUUAUCCUGCUAUUUUAGUGUUUGUGAUUCUACCUAUGAUCAUCCUUGUGCUCCUUUAUGUUAGUGCUUUUCUUCUUUACAUCAUUAAAAGAAGAAAAAGAGUCAUUGAUGCGUUACAGGAAACUCUGGAACAAAGAGACCCCUGGGCUGGAGGUCGCUAUCUCAUAUCACUUCUGUGGGAUGCCCAUGGGUAUAUUUGGCAUGGUUUUGAAGUGAACGGCCUUGAGAACAUUCCAGAGAAAGGACCAUGCCUACUCAUUUACUACCAUGGGGCCAUCCCCUUAGAUGUAUAUUAUUUGGUUGCCCGGACCAUUCUUACCACAGGGAGGCUCAUUCGAUGUGUUGGGGAUCGAUUCCUUGAAAAAGUUCCAGGCUGGAAAGUAAUCCUGGAGGCUUUUCACAUCACACCUGGAACAGUAAGUUCCUGCACUCAGAUCCUUGCGGAAGGUCACAUACUCUCCAUUUCGCCAGGUGGUGUUAGAGAAGCUCAGUUUUCUGACCACAAUUACCAGCUGCUAUGGGGCCAAAGAACAGGGUUUGCCAAGGUGGCCAUUGCAGCAAAAUCUCCUGUAGUAACUAUGUUUACUGAGAAUGUGCGUGAAGCUUUCAGGACGGUUUCUUGGCCACAGCAGUUCUGGUCAAUGCUUUAUGAGAAAUUUAGAUUUCCACUGGCUCCGAUUUAUGGGGGAUUUCCAGUCAAGCUUCGAGUUCAUCUUGGUGAGCCUAUUCAUCACCUCCCCGGUGAAACCCCAGAGGAAUUGGCCAUCAGAAUUCAAGAGAGCCUUGAAAACUUGAUUCUCCGUCAUCAGAAACUUCCGGGUAAUAUAUUAAGAGCCUUAAUUGCUAGAGUAUAUGAAAGUCCAAAACAAGAUUGAUGGCAUUUUAUCUUAAGCUGUUGAUCAUGUACAGAGAGAGAUUUAUAUGUUGAGUUUAGGUUUGGUUUGAUCAUAAUUCACGUACAUACUACAAUGUAAUUUAUUUUAUCUCCAGAAAGAGUUUCUCACAUAACUGAAUCCAUUGUUGUGUAGAUAUGUGUGGCACAGAAGAGAUUUAUUGUAGUACUACUUGAUAUAUACACACAGGCAAAUUCUAGAACUGUGCAUAAUUGGGAAUGCCUUUUAACUUUAUUUAACAUUUCAUACAAGGCUUUGUUAUUUGUGGAUAUGUUUAGUGUACCACAUUAAGAUGUAUAUAUAUUGAAAAGACAAGAGAUUUAUAGUAAUUUAAGUAAAUAUUGUGAAGCUAUAGCAGCUAAGAUAUAUUUUUUGAUAAGUAGGAAAUAGACGACAACUUCGGUACUCUAAAACAAAUUAGAUAUAAGAAUAUUGUGCUUUGUGGUUUUCUAUAAAAAUAUUUGUUGUGGGAGCCUGGGAUUUGUUUCAGUACAAACCCAUCAUUUACAUGAGUCAACAUUCAUGGUCUUCAUGAAUCCUAGACCUUUCAUUCCAGGUUUUAAAAAAAGACUGUUUGCUGGCUGGCUAGUAGCAUUGUGUGUGUUCCCCUUGGCUCCUAAGGCAACAAACUGGUCUAGAUUUAAAUUUAUGUAUUCUUUUAUUAUUGAAGCCUAAUCUUCAUUGCGCUUGCAAAUGAUUUCCGGGUAUUCCUGUUUGGUCAUCUCGCUUGUGUUUAUUCAAGUAAGAGUAGUGAAUAUCAUGAAAAGAAAAAUGUUCUCUUGUAUUGUAAGUGCAAGCCCAGGCUGUUCCUCUGUAUUAAUCAUUCCUGGAAGCACUGCUAAGAAAUGUGUAUGUACAUGUACUGUGAUACAGACAAGUCAUCUUGGAGGCAUGUGGUAAGGAAAGCCUGAUGAAAACUCUUUCUUCUGGAUGUUGAUGACCUGGAUUCAGCCCAUUGAAAUCCACAGUAGAGGUAUGACACAUGAUACUGUUUCAAUUGAAAUUAAGCAGAUUUAUUGCUUUAUCUUCUUUGUUUUUCAUUUUGAUAUCCCUCUAUACAUAGUUGGUUAGAAGUUAUUAUCCUCUAUAUACUAUUCAGCUAAUUCUGUACAGUUUUCUUUGUCAACUUUUAUACUCCCACCUAAAUUUGAUUGGGACUAAUGUAAAAGAAAAAAUUGUAAGACAAAGGUCAUAUUAAAACAGUUUUCAUUUUUUUUAAUACAAAAUGAUAAUUUACAUCAAAUGGCCUGCUUCACAAUGCUGCUAUCUUGCAUCUGUAGUCCAGACUAAUAAAAAAGUGAGACUAUUUCUGUGGAGAGGACCCAUGAAUCAGGUACAUGAUGCUAUUAGCCACUCAACAGAUAAUAUUUGAAAUCAUGAAUGAAUUUUGUAGGACUCUUGAAGGCUAUGAAUGAGGCCACUGCAGAUGAUCGAUUUGUAUUGAAAAAAAAUUAUUUUGUUUUAAAAAAUACAUUGUUCAUACACGGUACAUUUUUGUGAAGUUAGUGCAGUUUUUAUACUGUAGGACAAUUUUAUUUCCAGCUCUAGUCUUGAUGUUUCUUUUUGACAAAUUUGCCGAUGUAAACAUUUGAAUGACAUGUACCUAAACUGUCAUAAAUUUUGACAAACUGUCAAAGACUAUUAAGAGAUGUAUUUUAUAUUAAGGUAUUAUUUAGGAAGGCAAUUUUAAGACUACAAAAAACCAGCUGUAAAAAUUUCUUUGUUUUGAGUUAGACAAAUUCUGAAAUUAUGUUGCACACUGUUUGACAUUUAGCAACAUCAUAUUAUGCACAUAUGAUAAGUAUUAGGAGUCCAUUUUUUAUGUUUCCCAUGGACCCAUCAAAACAUUCAGUAUUUGUAAUGAUGUUCCUUGGUAACUGCCUUUCGAUGUUGCAGCCAUCAAAGAUAAGUAAUGUACACUAUUUGGUCAGAUGUAGUAUUAGAAAGAUAUUUUUACCUGGAACUCAAACUUUGAAAAGUAAGGGUCAAAACAUAAAGCUCUUGAUAUUCUGGACCUCAAAUACUUCAAAUAGACUAUAUAUAAGUUUUUGAAAACAUGACCUUUGUGGGAAAUGGGUAUUUCAUACUUAAAUGUUGCAUAAUUUUUACAUUCUUUUGCAUAGCACUGAUCUAGAUGCUUGCUCAUUGGUCAAAAGGCAAUGAUUUAACAAGGAACAUUGCAACUAUGCAAGGAUACCAUCUGAAACCAAUGCUGUUUCCUGUUCUGGAAGGUCUUUAGAACUGGAUUGAAUGUUAGGCCAGCUUCUUAGUAAUUUUGUAAUUAUUCAUUAAGUUAUUGACAUUUGCAUGUUCAUGGUUGAAUUUGUAUUUUAAUUAUUUUAAGAUAAAAAAAACUACCUUUAUAAAAUUUCUGUUGUUAGCUAUUCUGAAUCUGGUUGUUUAGCAACCAAAGUCAUUUCAUGCAUUGCUUUCCUUUUUAUUUUUUGUACCAAGUUUGAUAUCAAUAUAGUAAAAGCUUUUAUGCUUAUCAUUUGAUAGCAUAAGAAAGCAUGCUCAUAAACAGUGUUGUAUUUCAGGGAAGUUCAUCACACUCUUUGACUCUCUUUUAUUGUAAGUAAGUUUUGCAUUAAGCUUGAAUAUGUAUAGUCAUUCUUUUGUAAUUAUUGCCAGCAUCCAACAUUCAUGUCUUCAAAAUGAAAUCAACUGCUCAGCUGGUAAUAAGGAAAAAGUUGCUUUUAUGCCUAACCAUAUAAGUACUUAAAAAGAUGAGUGGCCUUGUACAAAAACAUAAUUGUAAUGUUAGGUCCUCAGGAAUAGGGAUGAACUCAGAGGUGGAUAUAAAAUGACGCAUAGUACUUCUGUCUUUCAAGAGUUAGUUAAAUGGUAAUGGAGCAUAGAUACAUGAUUUGAAAUGAACAUCAGUCAACAGCCUAACUGGCAGGUGGAUGCCUUUAUUGGAAGUUCUUCUUCCAGGAAGAAAGUAUGGUUGAAUCUGGAUCAGGUAAAAAAAUUGCCACAAAAGUGAAAAGACAAACAUAAAAAUGAGACUAAGGUUGUUUGUUGUAGGACAAAAGUAAGAUGUUCCACCUAUCAUGGAUAGGUAUUUUUUGGGCUCUAAGACAAGUACGGAAGUAUGUUUUUAUGUUUUUCUGUAAUUUUAUUUAUUUCAUUCACUCUCGUCUUUUUCCCUCAAGGGCUAUUGUGUUUAAGUUUGCUUUGUAAGUUAUUAGCUUUAUUUAUUAUUUUAUAUCAAUAUUUGUCUAUUUUUAGUAAUAAUAAUAACUAUGCUUCCCAGAUUUCAUCAGGCUGUCAGACUUUUAACAGUUCUUAUAGAUCUGUGAGGGCCAAGAUGCAAAAGAUGGGUUUAUUCUGACUGUAGUAAUUUUUUCAUUGUUAUGAACAUCCUUAUGAAGGGAUAAUGCUUACCAUACUGAAGGUUCUUUGUAGAAUCCAGUUACCCUCUAUCUUUGUUGCUUUCUGUUUGUUACUUUUCAUUGAUUCUUUUCUAACCUAGUUGUCAAACUUGACUGCUGUACUUAAACUUUACUUUGCUCUAAUUUAAACGCCAUCUGAGAAAGAAUUUUUCUGCUAAUUGUUUUGAGAUUCUAGAUAUGGAAUCCUGUAAUAAUGUUGAAAAAUCCCUCCAGAAAGCCCUUUGCAGUUCCAGAAAUUGAUUUAGUAAACUUGUUCGAAACUUAAUAGUAAAACAGUAUAUUAAUAUAAUCUGAUAAACAGCUCUUAAGAGAUGUUGAUUGUUAAUUUUGUACUCUCCAUCUCGCAGGGAAUUUUAGAUACCCUGGACUUUUAUGCUUUGGUCCUUAAAUGACAUCCAGGAUACACAGCAGCAGACAAUUGAUUUCAUGCGUAAGAAAUCAACCCAUGCAACAGACUUCGUAAGUGUCUCUGAGGGUCAAAUAAACUGUGUUACAUGGCUGCACAGAGUUUCAUUUUGAGCUCUAGCUCCAAUUUUAGACCAUAUUAAGAAAAGAAUUAACCAUUGGAGCUUCUUGUCAUUGUACCAGAACUCAUGGGCAUUCAAGUGUAUGAUCAAAGAAAAUGAUCAGAUGCAGUAGGGACUUCAGUUUGUAGUACUGAGAUGCUCCCAGUAUACCUACACAUGAAAACUUUCAUGUGUAGGGCAUACUUUUUGUUUUUGAAUAUCAGUAGAGAUGCAAAUUAUGAAAUCCAUUACAAAGAGGUCACCAGCACAUUGAACACAGCAUGUCGUAAUUAUACUGUAGUCCCAAGAAGUGCCCUAUAUAUACAGAAUGGCUUGAAGCUAGUCCUUAGUUUCAUUGCAACAUUUAAGAAAGGUUGUCACUAAAAUGCAGAAAAACUGUGAAAUUUGUGUUGCUGGAUGUAUCAAACAUAGUUUGAAUACAUAAGUGAUUCAGUGUGAUUGCCUACUUGUGGAUGCUCAGAAUCACCUAUUUUAAAUCAAUGGUGUUUUAUAUUAUUACCACAGGGUGUAAUUCAUAACACACAAAUGGUAAAUACUGCAUUCUUUCCAAGGGUAAGUUUUGUAAAAUGUAUUGGAUACACCAAUUUUAGAUGGCAGGAUUUUUCAAGAUGGAAUGGUAAUUAUGUAUAAUUGUUGCUGUCAGGAUUUCUACAGGUCUCAGAAAUAUACAGAUGUAGUAAGUGCAAUGUGGAAGAUGUGAGAGAUAGUGAGCCUGUGACUAAGUAUGAUUAGCAUCUUAAAUAGCAAUAAGUUAUUUAAACAACAACUUUUUUAUUUCUUCCAAAGAAAAUUUCCAUCUGUACCUUUAUUUGUUCAUUAUUGCUGCUUGAGUAAUAUGGUUGGUAAAGCACUGAUAUUAAUUUUAAGAGUGUGCAUUCCAAUAGUGGUUGUCCUGAGUGUAAAGAAAAUAUCUGAUUGUCGUAGGUGUGAGGUAACGUCUCGGAUGCAUAAUAUGUAUAACUGUAUAGGUAUUGGCCUUGUUAAGGUUUUUCUUUCUGUCAUUGUUGUAUAGUUGUUUGCAGUUAUGAUGCUCCUUAUAUUAGUUUCAGCUUUGGACCCCAGUGCUUUACUAACCUGAGCGCCAAUUCCUAUAUUGACUAUCUUUAUUUUUGCAUUAUUCUUAGAACCAAAUUAAUGACACAAAAAGCAUUUUAAUGCAGUGAUUUUACUUAGAGCAAUUUUAUUUAAGGAAAUAUUCAAAUUGGAAGUACUAAAGAAUUACUCAAGAUAUAUUAACAGUUAUGCCUUCUGUUUGUCAUUUUAUUUAUGCCAUUGGUCAAGUUGUGACAGGAUUAAAAUUUUCAAUUUUAUUCUUAUAUAACAUUUGUGUAUAUGCAGAUUUUAUUGAUGGAAUAGUGUGAUACUGGUUUAUAAAAGAAUAACCAUAUGUGAGAUGUAAAUGUAAAUGUAUUGUGUAAGAAAUAUGUUUAUUAUAUUCAGUAUAGCAUAGAUGAGUGAUGGGUCCUCUCUGAGACGCCUACCUAGGUGCAGUUUUUGUGAGAAUUUUUUUCCACUCAUUGGAAUGGUUAUUUGAAUGUAGGAAAAGGGAGAUUAUGAACCAAAAUACAGUGCUGAACACCAGAACAUUUGAAAUUUUGUUUAGAUUGUAUUUGCGGAAGGUUUUAAUAUUUUAGGUAAAUCAUUCAUGCAUAUUUACAAUCCAGGAUCCUUCAAAGAUGUGGCCUGAUUGAAAGAAUAUUUAUAUAAGCUUUUUUUCAGAUCGUGAAAUGUGUAUUGUUCAGUUUGAUAAAAUAUUAGUUAUGUAGUUUGCCACCUUAUAUAUAAGAUUGUUUACUGUUUUAUAGAAAACUGCAUGCACAUAUACUAUGUUCGGUUGGUAGGUGCUGUUUCACAUAGAUCUUCAGGUAAACCCUGAAGAUAUGUUUUGGUUAGGUUAAGUGUUCAUGUAAUUUUUUAAGGAUACUGUAAAGGCUUUUCAAGUAUUGAGAUCUUGUGCUGAUGCAGAUAUGCCAACACAGAACCAGCUUAAUCCAAUAUAUAAGAAAUAAUGUUUAAACCAUGAAUUGUCAUUGUAAGCUUUGAUGUCUGAUCAAGAUAAUAUUAACUUGGCAAUAAAUCUGACAGUGCACCAAGUAAGUCAUAAUCUUUGUAUGACACUUUUUCAAUAUAAAGAGGAUGUUAAGAAAUACUAACAUGGUUGUUGUUUUGUAGGUGUGUAGUUUUUUUGUAUACGUAUUUUAGGUUACUAUGCCAUAAUAUACAACUUCCGUUUGUUGGAAAGGUAGUGGUGCAAUAAGCCAGUUAAAAUCAUCCUCAGAAGUAUUUUUUAAGGCACUAUUAAUUAUUUAACUGUUUAGAGUGUUGGAAGCACUACAUAUAAGGAGUUUGUAUUGUGCUCUCAAUAUUUUUUUCAAUCUUUUUGCAUUCCUAGUUUAUACAUUCCAGUAGUACACCUUAUUGCAUUAAAUAAACAUUUACUGUUUCUAGAUGUUCUUAUAAGAUGAAAAAGUUUUAGACAUAGUUAUUAAUUAUAAUUGCAUAUGUGUUCUUGCUUAGCUGCCCAACUUUCUUACUUUUCACUUGCCACUUAAGAGCACAUUCUUUACGUCAGUUACUCUCAUGAGAAUAACUGUAAUUGUUGGAGGAGAGGAGAUGCUAUGCACAUUUUGUUGAGUUUAGCUCUUUCCAGUUUUAAAAAGCUAUUAUCCAGGUGCAAUAAAAACAUGAGCUAAUUGAAGAAUGGCUGUGUUGUGUUAUAUUUAUUUACAAAUAAAAUGUGAUUUGCCAUGCUCUUGUUUACGGGUAGAGCAGAGAAUUAAGAGGUAAUGAUGCUUUAAGUAAUAUAAUUGAGAACAUAAUUAGUAAAAGCAGAUGAGUAUUAUUGUAGGCUCUUAGUUAUUUUAACUAUACUAAAAAAUUGUCAUUACACUCAAUCCAUAGAUUUUCAUGAUGCUUUAAGGCUCUCGGUUAUUUUAGGUACUAGAAAAUUCUAUGUUCUGAAGCCAUAGAUCAUCUGAGCAUUGAUAGAAGGGUUUACAAGUGCAGAAUUUUUCACAACUAUCGCAGGAGGAAUACUGCUAACAGCAUUCAUUCCAUGCUAACAGCAUUCAUGCCAUGUUGUAGGUAUAGCAAAGUCCACCUAGCUGUGCAGCUAAGCUCUGUCCACUGCAUGCCAGUGAUUGGCUAGCUCUCGAAGGGGGAAUGAUGCCACACUUGUUAACAAUCCAAAUAAUUACCAGUACGGAUUUGACUCCGUUUGGUAAUGUUGAGUUUUGUGCAUGAAUCAUGACACCACAGAUUUGAGUUCCCAGAGUUGUGAAGUAUGCAGUUCAUGUCUCCAAUAAAAAAUGCAGCCAUGUCAAAUGUUAAUAUCAUUGAGAGAUUAGUCCUACACAUCUUUUUCUUAUAUUUUGAGGUAAUGACAGGCCAUAGGUCUGCACGUCAAUUUCUUAUCGUAAGUAGUUUUCUACCUGUAUCUGUUGGAAAUAGAUUAGGUUUUAAUUAAUAAAGUAGUUCCAACUCCACAAUAUAUAAUGUAUAUGCAUAAAGUGGAAUGUACAUGUACAUAUAAGCAAGUGCACAUACACCUACAUGCAUGGAUGGCCAUAGUUAUUGUAACACCACUUACCACAGAGAAUUAAAGUUGAACUUGUGGGCACGUAGCCAAUGGCACACAGAUCAAUCAUAGGACUGUUUCAGCCUUACAAACAACUAUCAAACUGCUCUCAGUGAACUAUGUUGAAAAUAUAUUUACAUAAGGGAUAACAAAUUAUAUUACUGUGAUGGGUAAGUAUAAGGCUGCUGUAGCAUUCUAUGAAAAUGAAGGCUAUGGUAGAAAGGCAUCAUAAGAUACUUAACGAAAUAAGAACAAAAUAAAUGAUAGCUGAAAAAGUUAUGUAUGAGAUGAUCCAAACCAGUCUGUGAGUAGCCCAUGCAUCACUUGAUUUGGGGGGCAUUCUUGUAGAUUACCCUGUUGGACAAAAGGAUGCGUAAAAGUCAAACACUCUCUCUCUCUCUCUCUCUCUCUCUCUCUCUCUCUCUCUCUCUCUCUCUCUCUCUCUCUCUCUCUCUCUCUCUCUCUGUUGUUAGGAGAUAUUAUAGCAUAGACUAUAGUAUUCAUGAAGACCUCAAUAGUACUUUUAAUUCGAACAAAUGACUAAAUUUCUGGUUUUGUAGAUUGCAGUCACUGCUUGACAUCCCUCCAAAUGUGUAAAUGAUUGCAAUGAAAUUUAUUUUAUGACUUUAUAUAAUGUAAAAUUUCUUUAAAUCAAUAUGAAAUAACAGUCUGCAUUGCUUUGAGAAAGCUAUGCUUGACAGUAUCAGAUGGUAAUUAUCAUAUCCAGUGAUUCAAGUGCAUCGAUUUGAACACAGACAUUCCUUCUGCCACCUCCAUAUUCAGGUAAAGCUCAUUUAAGAAACACAACAUUGCAGCAUCGCAGAACACUCCUGACUUCAUUCAUGUCUUCCUGUUUUUUGUAGGGAGAUGUGUAUUUUGAUAUUAUUUCAGGGGAUAAUAUAACAUUUUUAGUUCGGUAAAACAACCAUUGCAAAGUAACUGAAGAUGAAAAGAACCACAGUUUAACAAACUUUCGAAACCAUUGCUAACCAGUCAGCUUCAAGGCAUGGUCGUGACAUAAUCAGUGGGCUGGGCUUAGCUGCAAAGUUAAGUGGACUUUGCUAUAGUAAGAUUUCUUUGCAGCAUUUCUUUCUGCCCAAUACUUGUGCCUUUUUUCUUCUCUUUUAACUUAGCUUUCUAAUCACUUAAUGGCUUUAUGUAGCUCCAAAAUUCUCUCCUCGUCCAUUAUCUAAAAAGAAAUUCUUUAGACAAGCCAUAUGGUAGUCAUAAAAGUGUGACAUAGUGGUCUCAUUAAACUUCAGUUCAACUCUUUAUUAAGAUUGUGGUAGUAAUUUUUUUUCUGGUUUUUGUCAUGCAAAAUCCAAUUUUAUAAAACCUUAAUGAAAAUUUUCUCACAUUCAUCAUUUAUAUAAUCAUUUGGAUGGCAAAAAGCAGGCUACAACAUGGUAUGUUGGCUGCAUAAUAGUUAAGAACCUCAACUUAGCGGUCUGGCUAAGUAACAUAAUGAUAAUAAAAAUGUAACUAAGCAUGCUGUGCUAAUGCUCAUUUCCCAUUUUCCACAUUUGCUUUAUUCAUGUGGUAUGUAUUUUCAUAUUUGCUAAGUUUAUGAGCACCUGGUAGUUUUACUGAAGAACUUGGUGGCAGGAUAUCAAGAAACUUAGGAUUUUUUCCAAAUAUUACUUAAAUAUUUGUAAACUUACAAAAGGCUUGCAUUUUGGGCAGUGCUCUUUUUGGCAUAUGAUAACUAAUUCAUUAAUAAGUAAAGGUAAAAUAAGCUAUAUAAGAGUAAUAUGUAUGUAAACACACUAUUGUUGUUUAAUAUUAAUUCCCUCUCCCCUCUCAGAGAUUUCAGCUUUGCACCACUUUAGAGUGAAUUUAUUCUUAAGCAGAGAUUGGGUGGAAUUUCUGUCAUUUAUGAAAGAAGGCAAAUUUUAAUAGCUAUAUUAUUUUAUGUCCCUUUGUAUCCCACUGUGUUGGAUGUGAUGAUGACUAUACCAUGGUCCAUAUUUUUCACUAGUGCUUCAAUAAGAGGGGAUCUUAAUAAUUUGUGAAGGAUGUCCAUGGUGUAAUUAUGACUGCCAACUUCUAUUAAGAUUUUAAUGAACUUUGGUGGAAAACUUCCUCGAUUAAUUGCUGUUUAGUUCUCAUAAAUGUUUGAUUGUUCUUGUUAUAAUGUCUGAUAUUUGUUUGUGUGGAAGCAGUGGUAUGUUAUUGUUAUGAUUUACUUGUAUCUUUUACUAAUGAAUAUCAUCUUCCCCUAGUCAUCUUCCAAAGUGUGGUACUAACCAUAAUGUGCUUUUUGUGGUGCACUGUAGGCAUUCCUUCAACCCCCAGCUGCAUUACGCUCUGUCUUUUAUUAUCCAUGCCUUUGAGCUUCCUUUUAUCUAACUAUCCAGCUUAUCAAACUUUCACUUUCCUCCCAUUUUCACCUUAUAUAAGGUCAGACUAAGGAGUUUAAAAGCGUAACUGAGGCACUGCUGGGUGUGGGAAGCAUUCUCUUGUGAUGCAGAAUUCCAACUGCUUUUUUGUGAUAAAUAUCUUUUGUUAUACGCUGCUUAGAAUUAGUGAUUGCUUGAUUUUCAGCAUUUAUUAUGCUUAAGUGCCUUUUGUAUUUAUUUUUUACUCGGAGCUAAAAUAUAAUUUGCAAUAUUUGUGCCAUAAUACAACCAUUUAUCUGCUUGCUCGUUUUGCAUUUACUUACUUUAUGCCAUCAGUAUACCCCAGGUCUUUUAGUGAGAAUUGAAAAAUGACAUAUCCGUUGCAGUGUACUGAUGUAGAAUUGAAUACUAUUAAUAGGGGAUGUACAUUUGCUGAAAGAAAUGGGGUACAUACAGUAUUUGAUUUGUGCAGAAAAUAGAUCAAUUUGCAAUCCAGGGUUCAAAAAUGACAAAGACCUGUGUGAUCAACAUAUUUAAAGAUGUUUUGUAAUCACUUAAUAUAUUAUGAAAAUACAAUUGUCUUGCAAUA